AACAACUUUAAUUACAUUUACGUUUAAUUUGCAACAGGUUUUAGAUUGAGCGACAAUCCACUGAAAAUGGUCAGAGCUGGCCAGAUAAUACUUUUGACUCAGCUUUUGGUCAUUGCUGGCGGCACAGAUCUGAGGAAAGCCGAUGAUUAUGUCGAUAAUGAAGUCAGCCCAGCCGAGGUGGCAUUAUCGUUCCCCCGAGUAUCGCGGAAAAGCACCGCAUACGACGGGAACAUUGAGAAGAUCGACGUCAAAUGCGAUACGUCGAAUGGUAUGAUAGUCGAAGUGGAAUUCGCUGAGAUCUUUAAUGGAGUGAUAUACAGCCAAGGAUAUUACAAUGAUCCCAAGUGCAGAUAUGUGAGCGCUGGAAGUAAUGAGCGUCGAUUCGUUUUCAAAGUGCCCUUCGAUGGCUGUGGCAGCAAGCCAUCCUGUUCUAUAUGCGCUUCUGUGGACAAUAUUCUAAUCAUACAGAACGACCAGGAUAUUCAAGAGAGCUGGGACACGGCACGCAAGAUCACAUGCAGUCGCAGCGAUGAACAGGAGAAGACUGUGUAUUUUCGGCCAUUUGUUGUCGACAUGCUGGAGGUAAUAUCGGUAGAGACUCCAAGCGGUCCAGUUGAGUGCUGGAUGGAGAUAGGCACAGGUCUCCCACCGAAUAUCAAGCCAAUUAACUAUACUUUAAAGCUGGGCACGGAUAUAACAUUUACUAUAAAUGUCAAACAGACAACACAGACCUGGGAUAUUAACAUCUUGCAAUGCUAUGCUUCUGAUGACCCUGAUUUCGAUACAGGCACCGCAAACAAAUUGCAGCUUUCCGAUAAAAAUGGAUGCUCUUUAAAGACAAAAGUAUUUGGGCAGUGGAAGAAAUUUGAGUCAUCUUCUGGCCAAACGUUAACUUAUUAUAAUACGCUUAAAGCUUUCAAGUUCCCCGAUCGAUCUCAGGUGUACUUAAAAUGUGAUAUUGAACUGUGUAAUGGCGCUUGCGAAAAAAACUUCGCUUGCGGAGAGGAGUUAAUAGAGCCAGCCAAGCCACGUUGUUCUGCUGGCUCAACAGAGCCCGAUUGUCAGCCAGGAACGAUUCGCCCCCCAGCAACGACAAAGACACCAAGGUGCUAUCCGGGCUCGACUGAUCCCCGUUGUCCUCAAGAGCCAAAGACAACAGUCUCACCUAACUGCUAUCCUGGAUCACGAGAUCCUCGUUGUCAACAAGAGCCAAAGACGACAGCUGCACCAAACUGUUAUCCUGGAUCACGAGAUCCUCGUUGCCCACGUGAGCCCAUAACUACAGAAAUACCCCGUUGCCUGCCUGGAUCGACAGAUCCCGCAUGCCAGCCAGCGACUUACCUUCCUCCAACUACACGACGUCCACCUGUAACGACAACUACGCCAAGAUGUUAUCCAGGCUCACCUGACCCUCGUUGUCUCCAGGAACCGAAGACGACAGCAAGACCUAACUGUUAUCCCGGAUCAACCGAUAUUCGUUGUUCACAGAGUUUAGUAACAUCAACUGUGUCUCCAGAUACAACCCCUAUUUAUUGUUAUCCAGGCUCUGUAGAUCCCCGCUGUCCAGAUACCUAUAAGGGCUCAACGCCCAUCCCGGCAACGUAUUUGCCACCAUUGAGCGACCCGGGUUACGACAGGACAGUUAGAGAUGCGAAGAGCCAAUUCUUUAAUGAGAUUAACAAAUUGGCGAUAACGAAUAAUAAUAUUUUUGAGUUAGACGAUGAUGAGGAUGUUGAGCCAGUGCGAGUAAAACGUGAUCUAAGCGAUUCAGAUAUAGAUCCAUUAACUUCCACCGAUCAAGGCGAUGAUCUUUUGUCAAGAAAAAUAAUGAAGCGCGAAUUCAAUGAACAACAACCAGAGCGGGAAGUCAUUUCCUUCACUCUUGGCAUUCGGACCGCUAUCAAAGUGAAUUAGCCAGAGUGCAACAGUGCCAGCAAAUGAACUCUCUCGCAUUUAGGUUAUUGCUUAAACAUGUAUUAUGCCUGCAUAUUUAUAUUUUACUAUUAAACGUAUUCAUUCAAACAUA